GUAGGAGAGAUGCACUCAAUACGAGGUGCACCGCGAGAGCAAUAGUUCUCUGCGCCUGCUGCAGUAGGCCGGAGACCAGUCUUAAGUUGCCUGCGCAGCAAGCAGCACGUCCACUCCUGGCGACCAUCAAGUAAAAGAUAAGCGUCGAAGUAGCACGCGUCACUUCAAACAACAUGCUCCACGAAGACGACAUCAGUUCACGUCUAUCGAUGCCGCCACAACACCUGCACACUGCCAAUACAUACCUAGACGCCAACAACAAUCACAAGACAACACUCACCGCCGACAGAACUUCCUCGAUGUCUUCUAGCACGACGCUCAAGGGACUCGAUAAACACGACAAAUACUCCCUGAGGCCACGUUCGUCUCGCCGUCGGAAAAACGCAACCGUAACUACGAUCACUGCAAGCACAAGUGUAAAUGAAGAAACGCCUGUUUUGAUAUCAUCUAUUUCUCCAUCCACAAGCACUAAACAACCACGUACCUCAAAACCCAAACAAAAACCAGCCCCUUUGAGUAAAUAUCGUCGAAGGACAGCGAACGCACGAGAAAGAAGUCGGAUGAAAGAAAUCAAUGUUGCAUUUGAAACAUUGCGACGCGUUGUUCCACAUCUUUCUGAAGAACCCGCAAAAGUCACAAAUGAAAAACUGACAAAGAUCACGACAUUGAGAUUGGCAAUGAAGUAUAUUACUACGUUGAGUGCCACAUUAAACGAGUCGGAGGAUUUGUACAGUGAUCUGGAUUUACUACUGGAGUCAGACGGUGAGUCCUUGCCACUACAUUCGGACUUUUCGUCAGAUCAAUCAUUGACGUCCGAUUUUUCGAUGGAUUUCGACGGGAUGGACGAUUCAUUAAAUUCCAUGGACCUGUGUCUAGAACCACUCUCACCUUGUGAUCUUCCUCAUCACAUCUCGUCCUUUGACCCAUUUCUAUCAGGUUUUAGUUAAUAUUGUACUGAUUUCUACUUAUAAUUUAAGAAAAAAAAAGACGUAAAUGUCUUUCCUACACAGUGGUUAAUUGUUUAUUGCAAGCAGUCAGGCAAAGACUUUAAUAUGAUUAAUAUUACGUUAUUUAUUCCAAUUAUGUAAGUGUUUUGUACUUUAAUAAUCGAUUACAAACAAGAUCUGUAUUAAAAGAAUAUAUCAAUUUAUAUAAA